UUCCUAGUAUUUCCAUCUUAAAAAAUUUAAGGGAACUAAUUAUUAGUGACUUGAAUGGAGGUGCUUCAGAGUUCCCACUGCUAAAAGACAUGAGAAACCUUACGUAUUUGACGUUAAGUAGCUGUAACAUAACUGGAAGCAUUCCUAAUUACCUUACAGGCAUUGGAUCAUUGAAGGCUAUAGAUCUGAGCUUUAACAACUUAAAAGGAGAGGUUCCAGAUUUUGAUCGCCUACCAAGUCUAACGAACUUGUUUCUGACUAGUAACUUUCUCAGUGGGCAAAUUCCAAAGUGGAUCCAAAGCAUAAGUGAAGAACUGUAAGUUCACUUGUAUAUUUCUUAUUAUUUAACGUCUAUAAAAUUAUCUAUGUGAUUUAAUAGUAGCAUUGUCCAUCAUAAAUGACGAUGUCCUCAAAUUUAUACAGAAAUGGAAUUUUCCCAUUUCUCUCAGGACCUCUAUUGACAUCUUUAUAUCUAGACAUA